CCAGGACAAUAAAUGCAGACUACUUACACAAAUAACCCGAUUCCUAUCCGUAGUCCAAGCUAAAUCAGUGUUCUAUGUGUGUUCUUGAAAAUCACUGUUAAAUGUAACUAUGAGGGAGUGUACGUAGCGACUAAUAAGUGAAAUGUUGAUGUAAUUGGCCUGUCUUAAUAAUCGAGUCAUCAUGGAGAGCUCUGGCACUCAGCAACUCGACGAAGACAUUGCCAUGAGGAAAUAUUGUAAGAAAACGAUUAUAAAAAUGAAACUCAAAAAAAGAGACUCGGGACACAGACAAAAUACCAGCAGACAGAAACCCGAGUUCGAAGAUCCUGCUUUAAUACCACAACAACUAGUCAACUUACUCAAAAUGAAGGCUUUCAGAGAAAAGUUGAAGACGGCUGCAGAGAUGGAGUUCCAUGAUCCUCAGCACUGCAGGUCAUGCCAGGUCAAACAGGCUGAGCUGGCUCGUGAUGACUUCAUCAGGAGGAAGACGACCCGGCUCCUGUCUCCUCUUCUGGAGGACAAAAUCCAAUCUCACUUUCUUAAUAGAAACUCCAUAUGUCUGAUAGGAGAAGUAUUGAGAGACCUGCCUAGGCCGACAGAUGACCCUGGCCUUGUGUGGGAGGCCCUGAAGGCCAGAGAAGUGGAACUUACCCAGCGUAAAUGCACAAGCUGAUCCUGCAUUUCCCCAUGUUCAGUGGAAUUCAGCCCGUGGCUUUGAUAUCGACAUGGGACUUGAGGGUCAAGACAUUGUGUGACCUUAUUUUUAUACAUGAUCAUGUUGCUACAUUAGACACGUUACAGUAUUGAAUGUUGAAUGUUGAAUUGUAUAUGCUCCAACCUUGUUAAUAUAUGUUUUGAAAGAGGACACAUAUCUGCUUCUGUAUAUAUACAAGCAACAGCAAAAUAGCUUAAUAUCAGGGUAAAUUUACCAAGUUGUGUCAAAUGAGAUGCCAGUGCAACAUCAAU